AGUACCACACGAACGAACAUACAUCACGUUCCAUUAGAUAUAAGAAAAGAGAAGUUCUUAUGGCUGAGCUUGUGAGAAAGUUCCUCGGCCUAAAACUAAAAUCCAACCACCACCACCACCACCAUCAUCAUCAUCAAUGGCUACUCUCAAACUCAUCUCUCUUUCUCUCUGCCCCUCUUUUAAACGCCAUUUUCGCGACACCAACAUUAAUCCAACCCCAGUUUCCUCCAUUAGUCCUCCACUGCAAAACACUCGCUCCGAUUCGAACCCAAUAAAUUUGAAGUCCUUUUCCAUUUCUUAUCGAUUCUCGGCUUCCGAAGACGAGGCUGAGAAUUGCAGCUUCGACGAGGCAGUGGAGCUUUUCAACAGGAGGGAGUAUUACAAGUGCCAUGACUUGCUCGAAGCGCUCUGGAAUAAAGCCGAAGAGCCUUCUAGAACUCUCAUUCAUGGGAUUCUCCAGUGUGCUGUCGGAUUCCAUCACCUUUUCAACCGGAAUCAUAGAGGAGCAAUGAUGGAGCUGGGUGAAGGGGUGUGCAAGCUAAGAAAGAUGGACUUCAAGAGCGGACCUUUUCAUCAGUUUGAGCGAGACAUCUCUGCAGCUCUUGAUUUUAUUUACCAAACUCAGAUUGAAUUAGCUGCUUGUGGUGAUGAUCUGUGUGUUGCAAUGGAUCAAUCAGAGAGAUCAUACCUACUUCUCGGGGGUUAUGCUGCGGGGCAGCAUCUAUAUAAGCUGCAAAGUGACUCUGAUGAUCAAACAAUGUACAUUGUGUUUAGCCCUGAUGGUUCUUAUGCCAAUGGUGAGCCACCAAGGGUAAAGCUACCCAUCCUCAAUGCAACGACAGAAUUACUCGAGGCCUGUGACUACUAUUGACUUCAUGUUUGGAUUCUUCAACCUGUAUUUAGUACUUUGGGUCCAGUUCAGGAGUCAUAUUACCAUACCGAUACCAGGGUACCAGUUUCCUUUCUGCUGUUGAGUCAUAGCACUACUUUGAUCCGAGGGUGAAAGCAUUAAUCAAACAGGUACUGGCUCUGUAAUAUCCUAAAAUUUCUCCUAGUUCGAACGGUUAGCUUUUAUGUAUAGUGAAAAUACCAUUCGGAGGAUGUCAACUUGUUGUAGUAAUGACACCUAUACAUGUAUAUCAAAAUCUAACGUUACUAUUGU